UUGAUCAGUUGCGGACUUAACAAUAACGCGAACUUUCUAAAAUUAAUAAUCAUUUCCCAAACAAGUUAUAACUUAAUAAAAUAUAAAAUGAGUGGUGGCAGACAUUUAACGAAAGGCUCACCGAAACCCGCAUUAUCUGACGAUGGCGUUCUUCGCUUGUUUUCCAUGCGAUUUUGUCCCUAUGCUCAUCGUGCUCACUUAGUGCUAAACGCCAAAAACAUACCAUAUCACACUAUAUUUAUCAAUCUUACCGAGAAACCAGAAUGGCUUACGGAAUUCAGUCCACUGGGAAAAGUGCCCGCAUUACAGUUACCCAAAGAGGAAGGCAAUCCAUCCUUAAUUGAGUCGGUAAUAAUUGCUGAAUAUCUGGACGAGAAAUAUCCGGAAGUACCACUUUUCCCCAAAGACCCACUAAAGAAAGCACAAGAUAAGAUACUUAUCGAGAGAUUCAGCUCGGUGACUAGUGCAACGUUCAAAGUGUUUCACGCUGAUACUGAAGCGGCACCCGAUUCGCUAACUGAAAUCUCUAAAGGUUUAGAUAUUUUCGAGAAGGAGUUGAGCGCACGUGGUACACCUUACUUUGGUGGCGACAAACCCGGCAUGUUGGACUAUAUGAUUUGGCCAUGGUUCGAGCGUACGGCAAUGUUGAAAUACUUGCUGCCGGAGAAAUAUCAAUUGGAUAAAAAACGCUUCAGCAAAUUGGUUGCAUGGCGUGAUUUGAUGGUAAACGAUCCAGCAGUGAAAGGUCAUUAUUUGGAUGGUGAAACUUAUGCCAAAUUUGCGAAAGCGCGCCGGGAAAAUGUUCACGAUUUUGAUAUGCUUGUGUAGGCCUCAUCAUUGAAUGAAUGAAAUACUGAUAAUACAUGAAAGUCAAAGAUAUUAUCAAUAAAUUUAUUUCUUGUAACCUA